AUGGCAGAACCCGAGAAUAACCAGGAUAACCAUAUCAGUGCUGAUGAGAUUGCCCUGUAUGACCGGCAAAUUCGAUUAUGGGGCAUGCAAGCCCAAGAGAAAAUCCGAUCGGCCAAUAUUCUCCUAAUCACUGUGAAAGCGCUCGCCAAUGAAGUCGCGAAGAAUCUUGUCCUCGCGGGAAUAGGUUCCCUGACCAUCAUCGACCAUGAGUCCGUGACAGAAAAUGACCUGGACGCCCAAUUCUUCAUGGAAGAAGUGUAUCGCGAUGAAGGAAUUCUGCAACAAGGGAAAAAUCGUGCCGAAGUUGCCGGUCCCCAAAUCAAGCGCAUGAACCCCCGAGUCAAGCUCACCAUAGACACGGAUGACGUCCGAACGAAACAGCCCGACUUCUUCGCUCAAUUCGAUAUCACUAUUGCAACAGAACUAGACUUCAACACCAAUGCAACCAUCAACGCGGCUUGCCGGCUUGCAAACCGUCCCUUCUACGCCGGAGGCUUACACGGAUUCUACGGCUACAUCUUCGCAGACCUAAUUGCGCAUGACUUCGUUAUCGAGCGCGAAAAGUCUAACGUCACAUCCAAGACCCAAGAAACCCGUACCCGCCGCAUCAUCAACGUGACCGCCAAGAAGAAGGACAAAAAGGAAGAGAAGACCGUAGAACUAGUUACAAAGCGCGAAACCUAUUCUCCGCUUCUCCUGGCAAACACCUCCCCCCUUCCAGAGGAAUAUACCCGUCGCCCGCGUCUCCGCAAAUCAGUCACUCCGCUCUUAAGCUGUCUGCGCGCUCUCUGGGAAUUCGAGAAGCUAUCCGGUGGCCGACCACCAACAUUCAAUCAUGCCGACCUGGAACUGUUUACCAAGUUGGCGGGACAAAGCCACCAAGAGCUACAGCUAGAUAUGGCUUCACUUGAUUCCGUCUUUUUGCGCACAUUCCUACAAAACCUGGGUAGCGAGUUAGCUCCGGUGUCUGCGUUCUUGGGUGGCUCGUUGGCGCAGGAUGUGAUUAACGUUCUUUCAGCGCGGGAACAGCCAUUACAAAACAUGCUGCUUUUCGAUGCGGACAAGAACAUUGGCCCUAUCUAUUCACUUCACCCUUUGUUCUCUCCCGAUAUGAGUCUAGAAGGUCUUGCGGCUAUCCCGCCUGUUGCAAACCCGAUUCCCCUUGAUACUGGGAACCCCACUGCCAUUCCGUUCCGAGUGGAUGGUACCCCUUCUACAACGGCGUAG